AUGGAGCUAUGCGAUGCCUCGCACACCUCAGGAGCGUCCAAGACCACCUGGGAGAAGGUGCUCUGGCGGCGACAGCCUUUUCCCGACAACUACGUCCCGCCGUCGUUCCUUGCGGAACUCAAAGACCUGCCUGUGCGUGCGCGCCCGAGCUUCACUGCGCUUGUGAUCACUGCUCUACCUAUAAGCCAGCAUCUAGGCGUAACAGCCUUAUUCUUAGCGGUGUUCUAUGGUCUCAUGGUCGGUGAACUAGGUGCCGGAGAGAUCGGAUGGACAUGUGUCCUUGGGGGCCUCGGAGCUUACAUGAUUCGACACGUUGGCUGGGGCACUGCCAGGAAAGCUUCCUCCACAGCUGACCGUGUUGCGAGCCUACUCCCCCCUUCGACUCCGCUCCGGCCCCUCAUGCUUCCUCCCCUACUCCUGUCGCUACUAUCCCCUGUGCUGGGCACGUUGACCAGCGCAACAACCUCCGACUCGAUCUGGCCACUCGCUGGCGGUCUCUUCUUUGUUCACCUCCUCUUGGCAGACUUUUCUACCGGUACCGAUGCCAGAAUUAGGCGGCUCGUUCUGCAGCGAAGAGAAGCCAAGCGACGAGGUAGUAUCAGCGCAGCUACCCAAUUGGAAGAGGUCCAAGAGAAGAGUCUGACCUCUUCACUAUCGCUUACAUCCGCCCUCUCAGCUUCAAUUGUACUGGCUUCGCGGCUGUCAUCCACGGCAGAGGUAUUCUCCCUAGUCCUGCUCGCCGUCGCCCUCUUUGCUGGCUGGCCAAAUAUAGCCAAAGGCAUCAGGGAGGCGGGCAAGGCCUACUCUCUGGUCCUCACCUUAUCCACAAUAUUGGCCGCCGUCUCCCUCUUCCCCUCGACGCUCCUCGCACCUGCGACCCUCAUUUUUGCGGCCGCCCUCUUUCUGGUCAACAUAGCGGGUCCUGGGAUGCUGUGGUAUGGCUGGCGCUGGAAGACGAGGCGGGGAGGUGGAUGGGACGUAGCGGUGGUGAGGGAUGGCGAUCGCAACUCGAGCGUUGACAACAUUUGGACCGCAACGGAUUUAGCCGAAGCUAAACUGGAGGGAUCGGAUACAUCAAUAGGAUAUGCUACCAAUAUCCGCAAUGAGACCUGCGACUGGCUCGAGGAUCCUGUCCGUCGUGGCUCGCUCACCACUGCGAGCUGCAUCGACGAUGCCCUCUCCAUCCCCUGCGUCAGCUACAUCGACUCGGCCGUGACUACCCGGACCCAGCGUACGGUUUCAACAAGCGCUUGCGGCGGACCUUUGAGAGUGAGCUACUGCCGAAAUGCUCGCUGA